AUGGCAAGUGCGGUGCUCCCGAUGGAGGGCAUGCUUUCUGGCAUCAAGGCCGAUGACAGGGUGGUGAUCGAGAACGUGGUAGCGGUGAUGCAGGGUCUUUCCAGGGACCUAUGCUUCCACGACUACGAGGUCCGCACCUCCAAGGAUGGCUUCGUCAUCAUCGCCAAGACCUCCGACAGCAUCCUGAGCCUCUCGGACCUGCAGCUCAUACGCGACGCAAACCCCGUCAGGGUUCAGAACGUUGGCGUCGUGCCCCUCGAGGGGAAGAGGAUCGCCCUUCACGUCAAGGUCCUCAGCUCCACCGCCCCGGUGACCUUGACCGAGGUGGACAUCGUGCGCGUCAAGAAGCGGAGGCAUUGGGGAUUCUUUUAG